UAAAAAAUACAAAAUUUUUAUUUUUGUGAAACAAUUUUUUUUUAAAUAUCUAUCAACGGAAGGAGUAUAUUCAAGAAAAUAAAAUUACGAAAUCUUAAAUUAAUCCAAUUUUCCAUCUUACUGACAUGAGAUAAAUAUAAACAAAAGCUUAUUAAUCACUCACUUGCAAGUCAUUGCUGGCGUAACCUUAUUAUAUAUCACUCACUUGCAUGACACUAGUUCUGCAGAUAAUUUUGUUUAUGGGCUUAGCCCAGCAUAUAUUUUAGAGCCCAAUUUGUAUCUGUCUCUUCUUCUACUGUGAGAUUCUCAAGCAAGAGAGCCUCUGCAACUAUCUCAGGUAACAAUGUUCACCAGGUUUCGUCUAAUUACGAAUAAGACUUUCUCCACCACCACCGUUCUCAGGCUCGUCUCUUCACGCGCCUCCACUGAUACAUCAUCCAUAUCUCACCGAAAUCACUUGAAGGAGAUACUGAGAAAGAACGGUCCACGACUCAGCGUCCCUUCCCUGCUCCAGCAACGACUCGACUCGGGCCACGCCGUCACGUUACCUGAGCUCCGGUCCAUCACCAACCGCCUCAUUAACUCUAACCGCCACGAUCUCGCACUCCAGAUGAUGGAGUGGAUGGAGACUCAAAAAGACGUUCACUUCUCUGCCGACGACACGUGUCUUAGAUUGGAGUUAAUUAUCAAAAGCCACGGCUUGAAACAAGCAGAGGAGUAUUUUGAGAAGAAAGCUUCAAAAGCAUCUUAUCUUCCACUGCUUCGUGCUUAUGUUAGGGAUAAACUGGUUCUUGAAGCUGAAUCUCUCAUGGAGAAGCUGAAUGGAUUGGGGUUUCUCGUCACUCCACACCCAUUCAACGAGAUGAUGAAGCUUUACGAAGCCACACACCAGUACGAGAAAGUGGUAUUAGUGGUUUCGUUGAUGAAGAGGAACAAGAUACCGAGAAAUGUUCUUUCUUACAAUCUCUGGAUGAACGCUUGUUGUGAAGUAUCCGGUGUGGAGUCUGUUUACAAGGAGAUGGUUGAUGAUAAGAGUGUUGAAGUUGGGUGGAGCUCUUUAUGUGCUCUAGCGAAUGUUUAUGUGAAAGCUGGUUUUGUUGAGAAGGCGAGUUUGGUGCUUGAGAGUGCGGAGAAGAAGUUGAACAGAAGCAAUAGGCUUGGAUACUUCUUCCUCAUCACACUCCAUGCUUCUUUAGGAAACAAGGAAGGAGUUGUGAAGCUUUGGGAACGUUCAAAGUCUGUUUCCGGCAGGGCUACUUGUGCAAACUACAUAUGCGUGUUGUCAUCCUUGGUGAAACUUGGUGAUCUUGCAGAGGCUGAAAGGGUGUUUAGUGAAUGGGAGAGGACAUGUUUUAACUAUGAUGUUAGAGUCUCCAAUGUUCUUUUGGGGGCUUACAUGCGUGGUGGAGAUAUCCGCAGAGCCGAGGCGUUGCACCACCGUGUGUUGGAGAGAGGAGGUGCUCCAAACUACAAGACUUGGGAGAUUUUGAUGGAGGGGUUUGUGAAGUGUCAAAGUAUGGAGAAAGCUAUCGAUGCUAUGCACCGAGCGUUUGAACUGAUGAAGGACUGUCAUUGGAGACCGUCACAAAAGAUUGUCAUGGCCAUUGCUGAGUACUUUGAGAAGGAGGAGAAGAUGGAUGAAGCUAACAGAUAUGUUAGAGAUUUACAUCGUUUAGGUCUUGCAAGCUUACCGUUAUACAGACUAUUGCUUAGAAUGCAUGAACAUGUCCAGAGGCCAGCUUCUGACAUCUAUGAAAUGAUGAAGUUGGACAAAAUUAUAAUGGAUAGAGAAAGUUAAGGGAACAAACAUUAAAGAAUGUUACCAUAGUAGAAAUCUUUAUGUGCCAUGUUAUUUAACAAAACAUUGUCAGAGUUCAUACUUCUUUCAAUAUAGUCCAACUUCUCAACAUGUCCAUUAUUAGGCAUGGGAUCUUUAUGUGUAAGUUAUUUAAUUUUCUGAAAAUUUUAUUUAGUUUUCUUAAUUCUCCUAUAUAUUAAAUGAGAAAUCACUUAAGUGAUAAAUUUAGAACUAAUUAAUAUCACUUACCAAAUAAUCUAAAUAAUAUUACAAGUCAAAUAAUAAUUCAUGGUAACUAAUUGUCAAAAUUGUAGAAAGUGUAAUGUUUGAUCAAUUCUUUUUAUAUUUUUAUAUACUAUAUAAAAUAAUGAAUAGAAAACAAAUUAUAGAAAUGAUAUAAUAAUUUUAUAUUCAUAUAAAAUAUAGGUAUCUAUAAUAAUUAUAAUCUCUUAGUUCAUUUAUGCAUAGAUAGUUAUCUUUUUUAGGGCUGGGAUUUUGAACUUGCCGAACCGAACUGGAAUUUUUGGUUAGUUCGGUAAAGAGUUGGGUUUGAUUCGGUAGUUUUUUUUUAAAAAUAGUUUGUUUUUCGGUUUGGUUCAGCAUUCAAUUACUUCGGUUUUCUUAAUAAAAUAACUAAAAGAAGUUAUAACCAAACCAUAUCAAACAGAACUAACCAAAUUUCAAACCAAACAAACCGAAAUAACUGAAGUAACCAAAUUUAACCGAAAAUAAUCAAACCUAUCAUCAAUUUUAUCAUAACUAAACCAAAAUAUAAUUGAAAUCAAAAAAUUUGGUAGGAUUUUUAGAAACCGAACCGAACUUUAUUAUGGCUUAAUUCGUAAGAUUUUAUGUGCCUAGUUAUCUUUAUGUAACAAAACAUUGUCAGUUCAUACUUCUUUCAAGAGAAUCCAACUUCCUAUCAUGUCCAUAAUCAUGCAUUAAUUUCUACAAAAAUAGGAAGAGACUUCACAUGGAGAGAAAGCAUUUUACAUAAUAGUAAAAAAAAAAAAAUCAACUCUUUGAACUUCUAGUUGCAGCCUUCUAGUAGACAGUGA